GAUCGCUGCUGGCAGUUCGUGCAAAGCCUUCGUCGUGCUAGGCUGUAUGCGUUCCAGACCUGUGUCAAACAGUGUGUUUUUUAAAAUGAAUUUCUUAAUUACGAGAAUAACAUGGAUGAAUGGGACGAGGAUAAAUCAAUAUUUUUUCGCUACAAUUAUAACCAUACCGCUGCUAAGCUUCGGCAUGGUACAAGGCUGGUUGUCCCCCAUGAUAUCAGUCCUACAAUCAGCCGACGGGCCGUCUCCGGAGCCCUACACCAGUUCAGACAUAUCCUGGAUGGCUUCAGUCACGUAUAUCACGGCCAUCAUCUUCGGAGCUCCCAUGGGGUAUCUUACUGACCGGUUUGGGAGGAAACUUAUGACGCUCGUCACUACCCUGUCUUUAAUUAUCUACUGGCAGAUUAAACUUCUGUGCCUGGAACCAUGGGCCCUGAUCUUGGCUCGUGCAGUCGCUGGCAUACCCUGCUCAUCCUGCUACAUAGUCCUGCCUAUCUACUUGAAAGAGAUCAGCGAUAUUGACCUGAGAGGAGCCUUAGGAUCCCUGCUGAUUUUGAAUAGAAACAUCGGCUAUUUAAUGAGCUACAUCUGCGCAGACGUGCUGAGCGUGAACACCAUGCUGUGGCUGGGCCUGCUGGUGCCCACCGUCACGUUCUUCAUCUUCCUCGCCAUGCCGGAGACUCCUGAGUACCUUGUGAAGCAGGGGAAAGUUGAUGAAGCAAAGACCGUGCUAGCAUGGCUUCGAGGAGUGAAUGUAGUGGACCGAGGAGUGGAACAGGAUAUCGAGAGCAUCGUCAGGGUUGAGAAGCAAACGCAGGCCGACUCGCAGUCCGUUUGGAAGAUAAUCAUGCAAGACAAGCCAACAUUCAAGGCCUUUAUCAUCACCCUGAUCAUCAAAAUCACCCAGCAGUUCGACGGCUACCUGAUAGUGCUGAUCUUCGCUGGUGUGGUCUUCGAGAGGGCCUCAGAGUCCAUCAGCCUCAAGCUGAGUCCCAACAAGCAGGUCAUGAUGAUAGGCGUCGUACAGUUGCUGGGGUCUAUCGUCGCUACUUGCAUUGUUGAGAAGACUGGUAGAAAGCUUCUCCUAGUAACAACAUCAUUCGCAGUGGGCGUGGGUAUGCUGAUCCUGUCAGCUUGGUUCUACAUGACGUCCUCAGGCAUGUGGCUGCCGGGCUGGCUGCCGGUCCUCGCCAUGUGUAUGUGCAUAUUCGCUGAUGCUGCAGGGUUCCAGCCUAUAUCGUAUAUUAUUAUUACGGAUCUGUUUACAUUCCAGCUCCGCGGCACAGUAUCAGCAUUCGCGAACGUCUGCGCGAAAAUGAGCAACUUCGUUCAAACGAAAUGGUUCACCAUCCUCUGCGAACUCAUAGGCAUCCACUGGACCUUCCUAUUCUUCGCUGCCGUCUGCUUUAUAGCUUGCUUCUACAGUGUCAUAUACUUCCCUGAGACCAGGCAGAAGACCAUUGAUGAAAUAUACUCGAAGCUCUCAGGUAAGGCAAAGAAGGAUGAUAGUAGGAUUGAAUCAGUUCCUUAAUAGUAGCUUUAGAUGUGUCUUGUAGCUUUGCCUUUGGUUUUCCUAAAACAGCUCAGUAGACUGUAGUUGUUUUUAUAUGCAGAUAGGAAGAAAAUUGAGAAAGGGAUAUGUAGUUAUAGUCUUGUGAAAAAUUCCUUUCUCUAGCUCGUCUGCAUCAAUAUUUGUGUCAUAAUAAGAUUGCAUUAUGACAAUACUUCCAAAAUGCCAAAUUUUCUGAUUGCGUGUUUUAUCGAUAUUUCUGAUAAUCGAUAU